UCUUGUCGUAGUUGAUUGUGUAUCAGGUGUGUGUGUACAAACCGAAACGGUUUUACGUCAGGCUCUCACAGAACGAAUCAAACCAGUAUUAUUCAUGAAUAAGAUGGAUAUGGCAGUCACAACUCUGAACUGUGACAUGGAAGAACUUUAUCAAAAGUUCUAGAGAGUGAUCGAAAACGUUAACGUCAUAAUUUCAGAGUUUGAAACAUCUAAUAGCACAAUGGGUGAUCUGGCGUUGGAUGUUGUGAAAGGGAUUGUAGGUUUCGGUUCCGGUUUGCAAAGUUGGGCGUUCACAUUGAUGACAUUUGCUAGACUUUACUCAAGCAAAUUCGGAAUUGAACCAAGUGUAUUGGUUAAACGUUUUUGGGGUGAUAACUUCUACAACGUUAAAACAAAAAAGUGGACCAAAGAAAAACCAGCUUCUGACGGCGUUCGUGGCUUUAACCAGUUUAUACUGUCACCGAUCUACAAGGUUUUCGAUACUAUCAUGAAGAAAAGUAAGGAAGAACAAGUCGAAUUGCUAACGAAGAUGGGUGUAACGCCAAAUGAAACUGAAAUGUCUCUUCCUGACAAACAACGAUUGAAAACAGUAUUACAUAAGUGGCUUCCUGCUGGCGACUCGCUCCUGCAAAUGAUAUGCAUUCGUCUUCCUAGUCCUGUCACUUCACAGCAGUACAGAGUAGAAAUGCUUUACAAAGGACCUAUGGAAGAUGAAGCAGCUAUUGCAAUGAAAAACUGCGAUCAGAAUGGUCCAGUCAUGAUGUACAUUAGUAAAAUGGUGCCGACUUCAGAUAAAGGUAGGUUUUAUGCAUUUGGUCGUGUGUUCUCUGGUACAAUUGGGACAGGACAAAAAGUAAAAAUAACUGGUCCCAACUACGUUCCAGGGAAAAAAGAGGAUCUUUACGAAAGGUCUAUUCAACGAACUGUACUUAUGAUGGGUCGUUACACAGAAGCAAUUGAGAAUGUUCCAUGUGGAAGCAUCUGUGGGUUGGUAGGAGUGGAUCAGUUCAUUGUCAAAACUGGCACCAUUACAACAUUUGCGGGGGCUCAUAACUUGAAGCAAAUGAAAUUUAGUGUCAGUCCUGUAGUCCGCGUUGCAGUUGAAUGUCAAAAUCCUGCCGAUUUGCCAAAACUUCUUGAAGGCUUGAACAGUCUUUCCAAAAGUGAUCCUAUGGUCCAAAUAACGCAAGAGGAGUCGGGUGAACACAUCGUUGCAGGUGCUGGUGAGCUGCAUCUUGAGAUUUGCCUCAAGGAUCUCAAGGAAGAUCAUGCUUGCAUUCCUUUAAAAAUAAGUAAUCCCGUAGUUUCAUAG